AUGCCUUCAAACGUUUCUCAGCAACUAAACGACCGCCCGCUACAAUCCUUCAAAAUCGUUGAAGAUCUGACCACGGUGCUGCACCGAGAGAUUCUACGAAUAUACGGGAACUGCAUAACCAUGUGGGGCGACACAAUAUGUGAGGACGAAGCCAUAGCUUUAAGCAUGACAGAAAUAGAUGAUGCCGUCACGGAGUACGAGACAAAUGUAUCAUACCAUGCGUGCGGACAACGAAGAAUCAAGAUUUGGGCUGGUACUGGCGACAGAGUCAAGCAGGCUGCGCUGUGGAGCAAAGUCAGGGACAAGGCACCGCACCCAAGACACCCUCGCGCGCAAUACGGGAGUGUCAUGGCUCAAUUUCAUGAGAAGGUGCUUUGGUGCGAUAAAUGUUCUGUCGCAGAACUGAGAACUGGCGACGUUCUGUUCAAUGCAGUGGCGUCACCUGGUUCUUUGGCGGGAGAGCUCGGUGCAUUGAAUCUCAAUGAAGAUGACAGAAAGCGAGUCGAGAGCUGGCGCAGGGGAGAGUGUUUGGGGAAAUUGAAGCCAUUAUGUCCCCACCUUCAGCCACCCCUCCAUUCGGCAAAGGAGAACUACAGAAGCAGCACCAGGACAACUGUGGGGAACAACAAGCUUACACAAGGUCUGGAAUCGGUCGGUCGAUAUCAUGUCGAUGGUGGAGUGCUGCUGCGCAAUGAAUAUGGUUGUUAUCAAAAUUCGGAUGGGAUUUGUUGUUGUCCGUGUCCGCGUGUCGUACAUUUGUAA